AUGAGCAAAGUGUGGACGCUAGACGCCGUCAAGAAGGCCAAGGAAGCUGGUGAACUGAUCAUCAUAUACCAGGGCAAAGUAUACAAUAUUACUAAAUGGCUUCCCUAUCAUCCUGGUGGAAUGGACGCUACCGAUGCAAUUACUGCCUUCCACCCUAAAUGGGUUCUCGAAGAGAAAUUACCAAAAUUCUGUGUCGGUGGUUUGGCUGAAUAUCACCCAUCAAAGGCAUCAAGGGACUUCCUGGCCCUCGAAGCUAGACUGCAAAAGGAGGGAUACUUUGAAACAAACUACUGGUUUUACGUCAGGGAAUUCAUAAAAACUUGUAUCCUCACUUCCUUGGCAGUGUGGCUGUUGGUCAAGGGUCGUCCGGGCUGGUUUGAAGUCGUCGCCAGUUGUCUCACUCUGGCUGCCAUGUGGCAUCAAGUUGCAUUCGUGGCCCAUGAUGCUGGUCAUAAUGGGAUUACACAUAAUCGUUACAUAGAUGGUGCUAUUGGAACACUGGUGGCCAACUUUGUUGGAGGUCUCAGUAUUGGUUGGUGGAAGAGUAGUCACAAUGUUCAUCACAUUGUCACAAACGAUCCAGAACACGAUCCCGACAUCCAACUGUUACCCUUCUUUGCAGUCACUACCCGACUGUUUACCGGUGUAUACUCUACAUACUACAAGGCCUUCCUCGAAUUCGAUCUACCAGCAAAACUAUUAAUCAGAUUUCAACACUUGUACUACUACAUCAUUCUCGGAUUCGGUCGAUUCAAUCUACACGCAUUGAGUAUCUCACACUUGUCGAAAAAUAAUCAAGUAAACCCAUACCGCAUGCACGAGAUUGCAUUAACAUCUAUAUUCUGGUGCUGGUAUCUUUAUUUAUUAUCUUAUGUCCCUACUUGGCCAAUGGUCGUGGUAUAUGUCCUAUUGGGUCACAUUGCAACAUUCUUGUUGCACGUACAAAUCACCCUGUCGCACUAUGGAAUGUCGUGUGAGGAACAUGCUGAGGAUGAAGAGUUCGCAGUCAAGGCACUAAGAACUACUAUGAAUGUCGAUUGUCCAUGGUAUAUUGAUUGGCUUCACGGUGGACUUCAAUUCCAAGUUGAACACCAUCUAUUCCCAAGAAUGCCGCGUCACAAUCUCCGAAAGGUCAGGCCUUUCGUCAGGCAGUACGCAAAGGACAAUGGAAUAACGUAUGUAGAAUACCCAUUCGCUGAAGGCAACUGGGUAGUGCUUGCAAAUCUCAAGCACGUUGCGCUUCAAGCUCCAUCUCUCGCUUCCAUUUUGGGAAAGGAAUAA